AUGGCACUGUUUCCUGAAGAGUUAACAAACGUUUUUCAAGUUAAAGAUCACUUCAAUGGUGAAGCUUAUGGAACUAUCUAUCGAGCCAUAAAGAGGAGUAAUUUUUAUCCAGGCAACGGAAAAAUGCACGCAAUAAAGGCUGUAGCCAGAACUAGCACAGGGUUAAGCUGAAAGGACAUUGCAGCUGAGGUGCAAAUACUCUUAUAUGCCAAUCCAUAUAAGCUUCGCUUAGACUCCUUUUUUGUGAGCGACAAUACUUUCUUCAUCGUCAUAGAUUAUUGUGGAAAUGGCGAUUUUCUUAAAGCUAUAUUUGACAAAUUUGAAGGCCAUGAACUAAGGCGAAAUCUGAAAAUAUUUUUUCCAGAUCUGCUUUGGGCUUGAGUCUUUGCACUGCAACGGAUUUAUUCAUCGAGAGCUUCUUCCACAAAAUAUCCUUUUAGACGAAAAUAA